AUGACUCGCGCAGUCUACCUUGAGGCGGAGUUCCACGGUCUCAUCCAAGGCGACCUCUCCAUCACCGCCUACUGCCACCAUCUUAAGGCCCUCUCCGAUGCUCACAGCAAUGUCGGCACCCCCAUCUCCGACCAAACGCUCGUCCUCAACUGUCUUCGUGGGCUCAAUCCGCGCUUCUCCGACAUCACCACCAUCACGGCCUUCUACAGCAGCACAAACUCUCAUGGCGCCACCGGCUCCAACUCUACUGGACAACAUCGUGGCUCUGACCGCGGCGACGGCACCCGCAACACCCACACCUCCAUCGGGGGCUCCUUUGGUGGCAACCGCAACAGCGGUAAUUGGUGCAAAAAGAAGAGCUAUGGCGGCGGCCACAGCAACGGCGGGAACAGCGGCGGCAGCAGCUCGGGCGCCAGCGACAGCAACGCCCAGCGGGGGGCGUUUUCUUCUGUCGGGCCCUGGGUCUGCUUCAACCCCUAUACGGGGCAGGCCUAG